AUGGCUGUACAAUGUGGCGCACUUACAGAGAAUAUAGCUCUAUUAGCGCUAUGCGAUACUACGCUUGAACCUAUGAUCGAGGAUCACCCACCUCCCGAAAAGUCUCCCGAAAUUGAUAGCUAUAAGCUUUCUUUCCAGCAUGAGCAACAAGUCACCGAAGCAUUCGCAGUACUUCUGGCAAAUACAGAUGAUCCGAACAAAGUAGGGGCAAUUUGCCUAGAAGAACAACCCGAUGGACUCUUGAUCAGAACAGCCGUGAACUCGGGAGAUCAGAAAGAUAGGAAGGCAAGCUUCGAAAGAAUAGCUAGAGCUCUAGAGAGCUGCACUGCAGGUCCGUCGGCUCAACGAGAUGAAGAGACCUUCUUUGGAGAAAUCAUAGCUGCUUGCCAAUCAAGAUUACUUGGUCGACUCCGAUCAUCCAAUGCAAAGCCUGCCCGAAAGGCUGGCAAGCAGGCAAUCCUUACAAAACUAUGCGAUGGUGUGAGGCUUCUUGACGGAUUUCCAACCCGGCCCCCUCAACUUGCGUUGGUAAAGAAUCAUAUAUCCUUACUAGAGGAUGCUUUCACGAGGCUAGAGUCUCUAUCUUACGUUGACGCCCAUUCAGAACCUGGAAGACAGAUUCUUAAAUCGAUUCUCUUGAGCAUUGAACAGAUGCUAGCAUCCACUGACAUCAAAACCCUCCUGGGGUUGAUACCCAAGAAUAUCCCCGCGUGGUCUGGAAUAGCCAGCCAGAGCUUGGCCAGAAGCUUGAAAAGUCUUGCUCAAUACCAGGAUGCAGCUCACUACCUUCUCAGAAGAGCUUGUAGAGACCCGACAUUUCGUCAUCUCCGUAUAGCAGACGUG